CUGGGGGGGGAGGAAGGGGACCAGCGGGUGCUGAUCAAUAUCUCCGGGCUGCGCUUCGAGACCCAGCUGGGCACCCUCAACCAGUUCCCCGACACGCUGCUGGGAGACCCGGACAAGCGCAUGCGCUACUUCGACCCGCUCCGCAAUGAGUACUUCUUUGACCGGAACCGGCCCAGCUUCGACGGGAUCCUCUACUUCUACCAGUCUGGGGGCAAGCUCCGCCGGCCUGUCAAUGUCUCCAUCGACGUCUUCGCCGAUGAGAUCCGCUUCUACCAGCUGGGCGAGGAGGCCAUGGAGCGCUUCCGGGAGGACGAGGGCUUCAUCAAAGAGGAGGAGAAGCCCUUGCCCCGCAACGAGUUCCAGCGCCAGGUCUGGCUCAUCUUUGAGUACCCCGAGAGCUCUGGCUCGGCCCGGGCCAUCGCCAUUGUCUCUGUGCUGGUCAUCCUCAUCUCCAUCAUCACCUUCUGUCUGGAGACCCUGCCGGAAUUCAGGGACGAGAGGGAGAUGCCUGUGCCACUCCCCCCACAAAGUGGAGGUUUGAAUGGCACGGCAGGGGACUCCCCAGCCAUGCAGCCACCCAGUAGCCUCUCUGACCCCUUCUUCAUCAUCGAGACCACCUGCGUGAUCUGGUUCACCUUUGAGCUCCUCGUCCGCUUCUUCGCCUGCCCCAGCAAACCUGAGUUCUCCCGCAACAUCAUGAACAUCAUCGACAUUGUGGCCAUCAUCCCCUACUUCAUCACCCUGGGCACUGAGCUGGCCCAUGAGCAGCAGCAGCCUGGGGCUGGCAGUAGUAAUGGGGGUGGGGGCCAGCAGCAAGCCAUGUCCCUGGCCAUCCUCAGAGUUAUUCGCCUGGUCAGAGUCUUCAGGAUCUUCAAGCUCUCCAGACACUCCAAGGGUCUGCAGAUCUUGGGACAGACUUUGAAAGCCAGCAUGAGGGAGCUGGGCCUCCUCAUCUUCUUCCUCUUUAUUGGGGUGAUCCUCUUUUCCAGUGCUGUCUACUUUGCUGAGGCUGAUGACCCUGAGUCUCAUUUCUCCAGCAUCCCUGAUGCUUUCUGGUGGGCAGUGGUGACCAUGACCACUGUGGGCUAUGGGGAUAUGCGACCUGUUACCGUGGGGGGGAAGAUUGUGGGUUCCUUGUGUGCCAUUGCAGGUGUGCUCACCAUCGCCCUGCCUGUCCCUGUCAUUGUAUCCAACUUCAAUUACUUCUAUCACCGAGAGACUGAUCAUGAAGAGCAAGCUAUCCUCAAAGACGAACACAGUAGUGCUCAGGGCAGCACAGCAGGGGGAGAUGUGAAGAGAAGAUGCAGUAGAAACUCUCUGAACAAAUCUGUUGUGCACUUGGAAAACAGUGAGGGGUUCAACAAUGGCACCAGCUCCUUAGAGAAAACCAAUAUCAAAGCGAAAAGUAACGUAGAUCUCAGAAAAUCCCUCUAUGCUCUCUGUCUGGACACCAAUAGGGAAACAGAUCUGUGA